UUCUUUUCAAUCAUCCAUCACUUCGUCUUUACUGUAACUCUUGUGUUCCCCUCUCACUUCUUAAAUAGUCUAUCCCUAUUCCUUGUAUUUCUAUCUUUCUUUCUUUUCCUCUCACAAUGACAAGAACCAGAUCCAUGGCCACAUUGAAACCCUCCCCUGAUAAAUCCAUCUUUCUUGAAAUUGAUUUCAUAGCUCUGUCAUCUAACUCCUUUAAAGUAGCAUCCUCUGUUAAGGCCUCCACUUCGAAGAAGCGACCUCCUUCUGUAAAAAGAAAGGAGACAAAGAAUGUGAAACCACAUCCUAAAGUUUCUUUUGGUUUAGAAGACAUGCAUAAGUUCUGGGGUGAAGAACGUAAGUGUAAAUUCGAAGCCUUUAAAAAGAGGCCUGUGGUUCUUGGACGGGUAGUUAACUUGGUACAACUAGAGGAAUCUCAUUUCCCGGUAUGCAGGAAAAUAGGUACCGAUGUGGGCAGGCUGCUGUUGUCUGUGGAACAUUUGAAGGAAAAUGUCAGGACCAUUAACAGAUUGAUUAAACAAGUCGACUUAGUCAGGAUCCGACUCCUCCAACAAUGAUCUUGAUGUGUCUGUCCAGACCUCAUGUUCAAAUUUCUCCAAAACUGUUGAAGAAUCCUACAAUACUUUCUAUAGGAACGUUUUAAACACUCUAAAAUACUUCUUGGGUAGUCGUUAACCUUUUUUUUCAUUUCUUUAAAAUACUCUGUUCGUUUUGCGAGGAAUAUGUCCCUCCAUACUUUUGAACUGUAAUAUUGAGGAUACUUCCUCAUACUUUGAAUUUCAUUGUUUUGGCUUGCUUGCAUAUGUGCAUAUUUCUGUCUUUUUUUAUAUUUGUUGUUUUCCUUUUUGAUUAUGCUAAAGGGGGAGAAGACUCUAGAUAACUUACAGGAAUGAAGUUAGGGGGAGCCAACUGCAACCUACAGGAGCUAUCCAUAAAAACAACUUACAGGGAACAAAGUCAGGGGAGAAAAUCGGAGGACUUCUUUUAACAGGGAAGUUAAAAAACAAAAGUAACAUAAUGAGUUUGUCAUUAUAAAAAAGGGAGAGAUUGUUAGCAGUAAUGUGUUUUGAUAAUGUGUAAAUUUUGCAGGAAAAUAAUUGUUACAUAGUUUCCUUUGAUAUACGAAGCCAAUCACUGAUUGAUUGCUGAAUCCGGAUUAAGGAAAAUAGCAUAGCAAGAAAGGAAAGAAAAGAUUGGAGAUUACGGGUUGACGCUUGAUUCAGUCUGAUCGAAGAAUAGAAAGGAAAAAAGACCAACACUCACCCACUGGAGAUUGACACCAUUGCUAAUUGAUGAUUGACAGAUAAAAGAUCAAAUCUGAAGUCGCUAUACAAGGAAGGGAAGCUGAUUGAAGAUCAAGUCACAUAUCAGGAAAGAAUACCUCUAUACAAGGUAGAGAAUCACUCCAAGAAGAAAGAAGACUCGCACGAACAUAUCUUGUAUGAACGUUCAUCAUCAAUCAAGGAAUCCCCACAAAUUCUUGAUUGAUAAGUAAAAUCCCUUGGGUUUUCCUUUUAAGAGCAGACAUGGCUGUCUCACCUUCAGCCAUAUAAAGUCAUCCUCACCUAGUUAGACAAUUACGUACUUCACUUGAACUUAGUCUAUUAUUUUCUCUCAUCUUUCAGAAAAAUUUUGUACUCGGUUGGGUGUACAAUUGUAAUAGAAAAGAGAAAGAACUCUCUCUAGCUUAGGUUAUACAAGUAGAGGUGACGUCAAGUCAACUGAGUCUGAUUUGCACAUCAGACGUGUUCUUUUUGUUCAACAUCUGUACCUAUUAAAUUACUACUACUUUAAAGGAAACCCUUGUAAUUUAACGGGACUGGACUAGGAACCACAUCAAUGAUCCAA